GUUCUUCUCUCGAGCGGUCGGUUGCCAUGUUUAGUGAACCCCUGCGACUCGGGUUGAUUCUCCACGGCGACUCGUUACAACCUAGCCGAAGUGUUCCGCACAUUUUCGUCCACAAUAUCAUCGCCGUAACUGGAAUUUUCGUGAAUACUUUGGCUUGUGGGGGUGUAUAUUCUUUAUUAAGGACAGCGGCCUGAAGACAACUUUCCGUGCUUGGUCCACACAAUCAAAUCCAAACUGAAAGUGGGCUCAGUUGAGGACUCAGCUGCCCUAAUGACGUCAGACUGGGGAACCGACGGGGGAGCCGAGCUCGAUCUCAACACACCGGUCACACCAAAAAGUCCUGGUCUAAAUCCAAAUGCUUCAGUGUUUCUAAGCAAAACCCCACCCAACAACCAAGACAACAGCCAAUGGGAAGAGGAGUCUGCACACAGCACUGAAUCCACAGACAACUUUCAGCUGGUCAAUGGAGAUGUGGGUAAAACAGAAGGGGGUGUGGCUUACCCGCCCACCCCCGAAUCCCCCGCCCACACUGCGGAAUUUACCACAGCUCAGGAGAGCGCCCCAAAUCCGGUAGCCUUCACUGCAGUUGAAAGUAACGGCAACAUAGAGGAGAAUGGACCACUGGAGGGCAGCAUCCCUGAUGACCAACUUAGGAGGUUGUUACAGACACAGCUGGAGUACUACUUCUCCAGGGACAACUUGUCUCACGACACAUACCUGGUGUCUCAGAUGGACAGCGACCAGUACGUGCCCAUUCUCACGGUUGCCAACUUUAACCAGGUCAAACGCCUCACAAAUAACAUGGAGCUCAUCGUUAGCGUCCUCAGAGAACUCGCCAAUGUCCAAGUGGAUGAGAAAGGAGAACGUGUGCGACCCAAUCAUAAUCGUUGUAUUGUCAUAUUACGGGAGGUGCCCGAGAGCACUCCUCUCAAGGAUGUUGAGAAUCUAUUUUCUGGAGAAAAAUGUCCUAAGUUUGUUAGCUGUGAAUUCGCUCAUAAUGACAGUUGGUAUGUAACCUUCGAGUCAGACGAGACAGCCCAGCGUGCGUAUCAGUAUUUGAGGGAAGAUGUUAAGACUUUCCUUGGAAAACCUAUCAUGGCCCGCAUCAAAGCUAAAACACUGAUACGCACCACGAUUUUCCGCAACGGGAUGAAACCCCAGUAUGACCAGCAGCAGACCUAUCCAAUACAACAGCAGCAGCAGCCACCUCAGCAACAGCAGAGAUUUAACUACCCUGCUACAAUCCAGUAUGUCAACGGUGGCCAGCAGGCGUUCCAGUUUCCCCAUUACAAUACUAUAAUGCCCACCUGGACAACAAUGUUUGAUCCAAGCAUGGUGUUUGCAAUCAAUGGCUACCAGGCUACCAGUGUCAAGAUUAACCAAAACACGGGCAGGCAUAACUUCCAAUCGAGACCCAGAAAUCAAAAACCAAAUCGUCAGAGCUCGGAUCGUAGCCUGGACAACCGGAUGAGUCAUGAGCGUUACGGUGGAGGCAGUGGGGGCGGAUCUCACAGAACGAGUCCUCGCAGUCUGGACGGGUCGCAGUCAUCAGGAGGCUCCGUAUACCACGGCCGUCGGGAGGGUGGGCCCAGUCAACCUCACAUCCAUCACCCGCCAAUACCUGCCCAUCUGGACACUGGUCUGUCCGCCACACUUCCGCUCAGUCAUCCUUCAGGGACGGCCGCCGACAAUAAUAACAAGGAGCAGAGUGCACUGUCUCAAAGGGGUCAAAAAAGUUAUCGCAGUCGUCGAAGACGAGAAGAUGAAGGAGCGGGUGGUGCUAGGAAUUCCCGAACCAACUCUUCACAGCUAUCCUCAACCAAAGAUGGCCGAUAUAUAGAGCCCCAGUUUGAACUAGAGUCCAAUUCUUUCCCUCCUCUGCCUGGAGCAUCUAAUAACUCAUCAACCGGUGAUAUUUUUGAAAGCAAGUUGUCCGACGUCGUCAAGGGGACAGCAAGACCUGGCCAGAAAGAUGCAGGGAGUAAACCACAAGCCCCCUCCCCUUCUUCACCCACAGCCAAGGAAAUGAACGUACCCGCAGCUACACCUGCCUCCACUUCCAACAACAACAACAAUAAUACCCCCUCCAUAACAUCCGUGGCAAUGACGACUACUGCAACAACAACCGCGCCGAGCAUGUCGUCGACGGUAACGACAACAACAACCGGCCCCAGCGUGUCGUCUCUGGCAGGUUCACUUCCGACACCCCCGCCUUCCCCGGAGAAGCUAGACACAAAGACAGAGACGAAACACGAGUCACGAUUUGAAAAGUCACAGAAAGCCACUCACUCGCAUUCUGGCCCUGCCCCAAACUCCUCCCAUUCCCACGCCCACAUGGUUGGCAAUAAAGCAGAGGUGAAGCAGGUUGAGCCGGAAGCCCAGCCAGUGGUCAAGCAGACAACGGUCACCACACAGAAAUCAUUAUCUCUGGAGGACAAGCAGCCUGUGAAGCUGAGUUACGCACAGAUGGUUCAGAGGCGAUCCGAAUCCGAGAACGGAACAUCCUCAACAACAACAACAGAGCGGCCAAAAUCGGAAGAAAGCGCUAAUGGUGCUGGCACUGCUUGCCCAGCCUCGCCUGGAGCUAAAGACCAUGUGAAUCACAAACCCCACACGCUAAAGGAGCAGUCCCAGAUGACACGACAGUCUCCUGUGAACUCUCGACUCCCAGCACGGGACCCCAUUCGCAAAGAUUCUGACCCAAAAGAGCAGAGACAAUUCGUUGGUCGCCGAGCCAAAGAAAAUCGUGAGCGUCGUGACAGGAGGAAGGAGCGGGAACUUGAAGGGCGACGAUCACCGAACAAAUGACUGCAAGACUUUCAUAUUUGGCGGAAAUAAACUUAUGUUGGUAUUUAAAUUGAAAUUGGCUGCAGGUCCCUGAAUGGGUUGUGCCAAGAGUGGUUAACCCAGACAAAAGGGGGAGUAACUCAUGUUUGCCGUGAUGUAAACAAACUAUCCUUGGUUUAAUACCUCUACUGCUGCUAAUUUCUUACUCUACUCUGGGAAUAAACAAUAAAAGAACACAAUGAUUAUAUUUACUUAAACAGAGGGGAAGACAAAAAAACAAAUUGACUGGCAAGGGAGGUAAUCCAUUGGAAGGAGAGCUCCUUCCUUGAAGGGAGACAACCCCAGUCAAGGAAGCUAUCCCAAUGUUGUGAUACCUUUGUGAUACAGUGUACCAGGAAAAUUAUAAAGAUGAACAGAUUUCUGGCAUGAGGAUCAACUGCCGUGCUGUUGCAAUGAAUUCUGCCUCAGAAGGUUCCGAAUGCGUGUUUUUCGGCCGUUUUGCUAUGUGCUUGUUAAUGUUUUGGAAAGACGAGGAUGUGAAUCAGUUCUUAGUCGUUGUCGUCGUUGCUGGACACAGACCUUUCAAUCUUUGAGCAGUUUGAGUGAAGUCUAUGAAUGUGUAUAUAGAUUAAUUGUUGAAUGUUGAAACCUAGGAAGUUUUCGUUGGAAAGGACAUCUGGUUUGUUUGGAAAAUCAUUUUCCAUACUGGUUUCUCGCUGACAAUUGGGACUUAUACCAUAUUGUAGAUAAAAUGGUGGUGAUUUUGUUUCUCUCCUUUUUUUUUUUUUUUGAUUUUCAAAUAUUAUUGUGUGUGCUCAUGCAUAUAUUUUGCCAAAAUAUUGAUGCGUAGUAGUAUUGUAUGGUUUCCACUUUUCUUGCAGAUGUAGCCAUUGCUUGGAUUUGGACAAUAUAACAAUUUCACAUGAUUGUCAUGGCAACCACGCCUAGUGUCAUUUACAGGGUAAAUUUAAUUCUUCAAAUGCUAUGGUACGAAUGCAUUCAAAGUCUGGAUGACACGCUUAUUUGGUUAAUUUGAAACAAGUCUGUAUUACGUCGAUUGGGGAAGAUGGAUUAACAUUGGUUUAAAUGUGUUGGCAUAUGGUGCAUUUUCAACCAGUGAUUUAAAUUAAGUUAAUUUAAUGAAACUAAACACAUUGUGGAAAAAAGCAACAAAAAAAAAAAAACUCUUCACCUGUUCAAAAGCUGUAAUUGCUUGGUUACGGUUUUCAUAUUUAGUCUUAGUUGUCAUGACAACCUGGUGAGGUGCAUCAAUACAUUAUUUGAUAAUGCAUUUCUGUGUACAUGUAUGUUGAUGUCAUCAUUGCAGUCAUUUUGUCGCUUGUUCAUUUGACCAACUGCCAUAGACUUGCUGCGUUAACAGUACUACAACAACAACAACAUUACCAGCACAUCCGUAAUCAACUUUCCAAGGGUCACAGUACCCGAGACCGCAUUUAGAACCCUUCACAAAGACGGUAACUCAUCCUCGUGCCAUUCCUCAUCUCGUCUCGUCAUGUAAAGGUUCUGUUUGUAGCCGAGAAGGAUAUUGCCAAACGUUUGUUCUUUUAAAAAAAGAAAAUAGAUAAUGGUCUCGUCGUUUCAUUGGCAGGCGACAAUGGCUAAUGACAUCAUUAGGUUUAAGACGUCUUGCCUGCAGGGUUUAAGGAUCUGUCAAAUCUUGACAUAGGAGACUAAUGUGAGGGGUGGUCAGAAGUGGCCUAAGCUAUGUUAAAAAGAGAAACUUUUGUGUACAGGAACAUCCAGGAAAUGAAAUAAUUUUUGCUUUGCUAUGCUAAGUUGUGUUCACUGUUGGAGGAUGGAGUUGUUUUCGUUUGUAAUCAGGUUGUAUGUUGGUAGUCUCAGUGAAGUGAUUGAAGGAUAGUCGAAGGCAGUGAUGUGAGGUGAAAGUCCAGAAAAUUUGCUUAGUGCAGAAAAAGGUAGCUUCAUGAUGAAAAAUGAUCUCCCAAUACAUGUAGAUUAAAUGGCAAUAUUGUGCAAUUGAAGUGUGCUGUCCUUUUCGUUGGCCAUUUUGAGACUGGUAUGGUUGACCUUUUGAGAUAGGUCUAGUUGAUCUUUUGAGAUAGAGUUAGUUGACCUUCUGUGAAAGGGCUAGUUCACCUUUUGAAAUAGGUCUAGGUGACCUUUUCAGAUUGGGUCAGAUUGACCAUCUCUGAUAGGUUUGGUUGAUGUGUUAUGUAGAACUAUAAGAGGGUGUUUUUGGUUUGGUUUAUAUAAAGGCAUGUUUGUGGUUUUGAUGGAAAAGCAGUCUGGGGAAGAAAAAACAAACAGAGAGAAAAUAUAGGCAGGCAUUGUAAACAGCACAGCAAGGUCAUUCGUGACCUUGAACUUGCCAACAGCAUUUAGUAGUUCUUGUAUUAAUUAUGCAGCUUUAGAGAUUUGUGUACAGUUUUCCGUGAAGGCAAGCCUACGAGAUGUUGCAAUGACAGCCAGUGAUCAAAUGAAAAUUAUGCCAAAUGCUUAGGAUCUUGUGCAAAUAGGAAACAAAGUUAUAGGUGGGAAAUUCUUCUUUGGGUAUAAUGUUGUCCUGGGAGAAUAUCUGAUGUGAAAUUUGUCAGCUUUUUCUAGCCAUUUAGUUCCAGAAAAUAGGCAAGCAUUUAAUGUGAUCCUCUUGCUGUGGGUGUUAACUUGUCAAGGGAAGCAACUCUGGCUGGCCUGAGAAAAUUUUUGUACGUCAGAGGGAUAUUGUUUUAAGACGUUUGUUUUGUUUUAAGACGUUUGUUUUAUUUAGAAAUCAGUUAUUCAGAUGGCCUAGCGGAGUUAUUUUUAAUCAGUGAUUUUAUUUAUCAUUUGGUUUUAUUUCUUGUAAAGUAUAAUUUUUUGGUUUCUUGUUUUUUUUUAGUUCUUUUAUUUUAAUGUUGAAACUUAGUUGUGUUGUGUUGAACUCGCGUUUGUGAAGGCAGUGGAUUGGCUGGUUUGGGGUUCUACAGACAAGCCUAUAGUUCAUGGUAGCAGUUUUCCUCUUUAAGUUAUGUGACAAAGGGCGAAAUGAGAAAAUUAAUCAACCGAUCACCAGCAGUGUUAGUUUGUUAAAUGUGAGUUUGUGUUGAGGACAUCUAUACUAAAACAUUUUUUAACUCGGAAUUCAGACAAAUGAACAUUAAAUAGAAAAAAUGAAUGUUUCUCUUAAAAAAUAAUAAAUAAUUAUCUAUCCAUUUCCGAAGAUACAUGCCCUCUUAAAGGUGUAAGUUUGAUUGUCAUGUUUGCCGUGCGCAGGGAAAGUUACUUAAUGGCUAGAGCAACAUUACAUGUGGAUGUCCAGAACUCCGGCAAAUGACCAGAACGUGGAUAAAUGACCAGAACUUGGAUAAUGAGGACGUGACUAAAUAGCUAAAAUAAUGCUAAAUGAAUAUUAAAACAAUUUAGAGCUCCCACUUGUCCGUGAAAUCCAUGUGAUGCUGUGUGCUAUGAUCAGAAUGGUUUUUAAAGAGUGCUGGAAACAAUAUCUGAUAGUUCGGGCAAAUGAUCGUUCAAGAACUCCCGUUUUCUUUAGUACAGUGUCCAAAUUACCAGCUGUUUCAGAAACCUUGCUCAAAUUGCUGCUCAGUUAAAGGGAUGAUUACACCAUGGAAAUUGUUUUCCGACAAAGAGACAUUUUCACAAAACUCAUAACUUUUUUUUUGCAAAUCUCAUCGCCUUAUGGAAAUUGAACCUUUUCAGCAUCUUUUACCAAAACAAAUAACAUGUAGUAUGAUUUAAGUAGUUUUGUGAAAGUGCACCCUGGAUUCCCUAUGUUGAUUCAGUAUAGACUGUGGCAAGUUAAUCAUUACUGUAACUUGUUUGUCUGUAUGAACUUCCAAAUACCAACUUUCUUCACUUGCAGAACAUCCAUCUGGUUGGGGGUUCAGUUGUCUAAGGUGUGUGUUUUGUUGUUUGUUGCCCUUUUCUUUUUUUUUCUUUUUUAGAUAAAAACCAUUAUUUUUAUGUUGUGUGAGGGAAGGUACCGUAGCUAAAUCCUUGGUAUUUUAAGUACUGGCAAUUUUGCUCUUAAUGUGGGAUGGAAGACAUUUUUAAGCAAUUGUAAGUCAGAAAGUUUCUGUUUAGGUCAAGAAUAUGGGAGAGAACUUUUUCUAGUGUUUUCGGGGAAUACUUUGUGUAUUGAAGAUAAAGACAAGUUGAAAAACCCAGAAACGUGAAAGAAUAAAUGGUCUUUAUACACUGGUUGUUGGAUUUAAUUGAGCUGGCAGAUGUUAACGGUAGGUGAACAGGAAGGUUUUUUUUUAUUCCUUCCGCUUGCAGUCAAACAGCCGUUUCUGUUCUAGAAUGAUUGACUGAUUUAAAAUUUUGUUUAAACAUCACACGUUCUUCUUUCAAAUCAAAUAAUGUCCUCUUAAGAGGGUUUGAAAUCGGCAUGAUCAAGCCGUGAAAUGCGGUAUAUAUGACGGUGGCUCAGAAUUUAUGUCCACUGAAGUUGACUAUACAGGAAAGCUUCAUUGUCUUCAUUGGGGUAUGGAAUGUAAAACCUGACUGGAAGUUUGUUCCGGACUUUGAUUAUGGCUCAACAACCGUCCAGUCCAAGUCAAAAUAACAAGGACUGGCACUGAUUUAGUGAUCAAUAAACUAGUCCAGGUCAAAAGUUAUAUUUGUAACAGACUCAUUUGUUGUCCAAACCUAAGGCCAAACCAGAAAGACUGGUUUAUGUCAGAGUUCAGUUUGAAUUUCUGGAGUGUCUCUAAAAUAUCUAUGAGUUGAAAUCACUUACACUGGGUGGAUUGGCUGAAAGUCCCUGCACAAUAAUUAAAAACCAAAUCGGCUUCCCAAAGAGAAGUCCAAGAAAUUAGUUGAGGUGAUUGUCCACUUCUUUCAGUAAUCCUGCAAGAAUGGGAUGCUAGUGUUGGUUAAGUAGGGUUGAGAGGCUAUGUAGAAACAUGGAAGUUUAUAUCUGUUGAAUACAAUGCAUAACUAUUAUUUUAAGCGUCAUGGCAUAAUUUUAACAAUUUUUGGCAAAAUGAAGUCAAGAUUUGCACCCCCCCCCCCUUCCCCAACAUUUCAAACUUGUCUUGAAAGCCAUGUUUCUAAUUUUUUUUUAUUCUCUUGUCACAAACAUAAGUCUUGCGUCAUUAAAGUAUUAAUUCAUCAAAGUACAUAAUGUUAUUUUGCGUCCCAGAACUUGAGUAUUUACGUACUUACCCAUAUUGUUACCACUUGAGAGGUGCCAUUCAUUGAUAAAAUUUAAUGGUUUGCUGGCUGUUAGCUUUAUUUUCAUUGCUUUAAUAUAAUUGCCACUGACCUUGAAAUCUACAGCAGCAAUAGAACGUCAGAGUUAUGUGACAUGUUAUCAUUAGGACUUGGUGACAUUUAUUACUAAGACUUGGUGACAUUUAUUACUAAGACUUGGUGACAUUUAUUACUAGGACUUGGUGACAUUUAUUACUGAAUACCACAUGUGGUAGUGUCAGACAGCGGGACAUGGUGACGUAUUCAGCAUAGCAAUUUUCGUACAAAGAUUCCGGACCAUUUGUGACAUAUCAUUUGAACACAUUUUGGCAAUGGGAUAAGCAGGAGUUAAGCAAAGUGCUGUAAUCGCAUGCUCUAAAAGUGUGCAAGAUGUUGCAACUGCACCUGUUGUGUAGUACCCGUCUCCCCACUGCUCUC